CUUCUCCCUCCUAACCAACUUCACCCUCCCUCACCCCGCCACCAUGCCGUAUCUCCCCACCGCCCAAGCCUAUCUCGAACAAUCCGCCCUCCUCCUCCAAGCCUACCCGGACGCGAGAAUCACAACAAAAUACACCUUCCCACGCUCAUCACCCACCACCACAACCAAAGAUGAUCCCACCCCCACCAACACCACAACAACACCGUCCAAACCCCCCGUCGCCACUCUUGUCCUGAAAACCUUCCACCCGACCACCGGCAUCUGCCUGAAAUACAAAACCAACAAGGGCGCCGAAGUGGGCCGCCUGAUCACCUCGCUGGGCAAGUUAGCGGCCGGCUCGGAUGUCGAGGGCUUGGGGCUGGGGAAUGCUGCUGCUGCUGCUACUGCAGUGACGGGAGGAGGGGACGUGGAGAUGGGGGAGGCGCCUGCUAUCGGAAGUUCUACUACGACUGGGGAGAAUGAGACGGGGGCUGGAGCUGGAGCUGGAGCUGGGAAAGGUGGGAAGGGAAAGAAGAAGGGGGGAAGGGGAAGAGGUAAUCAAUCUUCUUCGUUUGAUUCUUCUUCUUUUUUUUUUUAUCGGCAUAUGCAAUUUCAGAUCGGAGAUUGA